AUAGACUCCAAGUGCCCGAAUAAGCCUCCUUUUAUGGACUCCAGUUUGCUUUUAGCGACGGGUAAUCCUUUUAAAACAAGACUUCUUGAAGGCAAACUCCAACAGAAGAGUUUUUGUUUAAUUUUAAAUUGGGAAUGCGAGGGAAGGAUGCGGAGAGCUAAUAAGAGAGUAAUUAUACAGGCUAUUGCCAAGUUGAGGAAGGGCAGAGACCAUUAAAAUGCCAUUUUAGGAGCUAAUUAUAUGGUGUUUCGAGUCGAUGCCCAUGUCCCGAUUUCUGUUUCAUCCACGUAUAGCGUGUAUUUAGGAUGCUGUGUUCAUGACAUCUAAUUUCUAUUUUGAGGAACUUUAGGCCACUGUAUUAUGAAAUACUGUAAAAAAAAAAAAAUAAAAAAAAUCUCCCAGCCUCCAUAGGGUUUGUGCCUGUUGGAUUUGAUUAGGGAACAUGCAAAAGCAAUAAAGGAGAUGGAAAAACCUUAGCAAAUAUUUUUGGGACCGGCGCACAUACCAUAAAUAAAGCGUUGCAGUGGAAUUUGGUUAGUUAAAUCUCUUCUGAAGCUCAUUUAAUAAUUCCAGAGCCUCUGCUACCGCUCGGAUGUAGCCAGCUGUAAUUUGUUUCGAGGAAAUCGGAGAGGGAAAACACUUCAGCUCACCAACCGAUACAUUUUUGAAGUUGAAAAAGCUGAGAUGCGCUAGAAUUCAGAGACCUCCCUUUGCUUAAAGGUAUGGUGUGAAUAUGCGUUGCUUGGCAGCUCGGGUCAACUACAAGACUCUGAUCGUCAUCUGCGCCCUCUUCACCCUGGUGAUGGUGCUGCUCUGGAACCGAUGCUCCUCCGACAGAGCCGGCCCGUUCCCCCGCAGCCUCGCCGGCCCCGAACGCCGAGGAGCCGCCGCCGCAGCCUCCGAGAGCGACCCGGCCCGGCAGCAGAGCGAGGAAGCAUCGCCCCAGGAGCAGCAGAAGGCUCCCCCCGUCGCGGGGGGGUUCAACGGCAACAAAGCCCCCGGGCUGAAGUACGAGGAGAUUGACUGUCUGAUCAAUGACGAGCACACCGUUAAAGGGAGGAGGGAAGGCAACGAGGUCUUCCUGCCGUUCAGCUGGGUAGAGAAAUACUUUGAGGUUUACGGGAAAAUUGUGCAGUACGAUGGUUAUGACAGGUUUGAAUUCUCUCAUAGCUACUCCAAAGUAUACACACAGCGAGCACCUUACCACCCCGACGGGGUCUUCAUGUCCUUCGAGGGCUACAACGUAGAGGUUCGAGACAGAGUGAAGUGUAUAAGUGGCGUCGAAGGCGUGCCGUUAUCCACCCAGUGGGGACCUCAAGGCUAUUUCUACCCCAUCCAGAUUGCACAGUAUGGCUUGAGUCACUACAGCAAAAACCUGACGGAGAAACCGCCUCACAUCGAGGUGUACGAAACGGCCGAGGAGAAGGACAAAACCGGCAGGUCGGUGGACUGGACGGUGCCGAAAGGCUGCUCUCUGUCCACAGUGUCUGAUAAAGCCAAGUUCACCAGCGUCAAGCAGUUUGUCGCUCCAGAAAAUACCGAGGGAGUGUCUCUGCAGCUUGGGAACACCCGGGAUUUUAUUAUUUCUUUUGAUCUCAAAUUCGUAACGAAUGGGAGCAUUUCCGUGGUUCUCGAGACGACAGAGAAGAACCAGCUCUUCACCGUGCACUACGUCUCCAACACCCAGCUCAUCGCUUUUAAGGACCGAGACAUCUACUACGGCAUCGGUCCCAGGACUGGCUGGAGCACCCUCACCAGAGACCUGGUCACCGACCUGCGGAAAGGCGUCGGCCUCUCGAACACGAAAGCCGUAAAGCAGACCAAAAUCAUGCCCAAGAGAGUGGUGAGGCUGGUAGCGAAGGGCAGAGGCUUCCUCGACAACGUCACCAUCUCGGCCACCGCUCACAUGGCGGCUUUUUUUGCUGCCAGCAACUGGCUGGUGAGGAACCAGGACGAGAGGGGCGGCUGGCCCAUCAUGGUGACGAGGAAGCUGGGGGAAGGCUUUAAGUCCUUGGACCCGGGCUGGUACUCGGCCAUGGCGCAAGGACAGGCCAUCUCGACGCUGGUGCGGGCGUACCUGCUGACGAAGGACCACGCGUUCCUCAGCUCGGCUCUGCGGGCCACGGCGCCCUACAAGCUGCCGUCGGAGCAGCGCGGGGUGAAAGCCGUCUUCAUGAACCGGCACGACUGGUACGAGGAGUACCCGACCUCCCCCAGCUCCUUUGUCCUCAACGGUUUCAUGUACUCCUUAAUUGGGCUGUAUGACUUAAAAGAAACGGCCGGGGAGAAGCUGGGGAAGGAGGCGCGGGUCCUCUACGAGCGGGGCAUGGAGUCCCUGAAGGCCAUGCUACCCCUCUACGACACUGGCUCAGGGACCAUCUACGACCUUCGGCACUUCAUGCUGGGCACGGCUCCCAACCUGGCCCGAUGGGACUAUCACACCACCCACAUCAACCAGCUCCAGCUCCUCAGCACGAUAGACGAGUCCCCCAUCUUCAAAGAGUUCGUCAAGAGGUGGAAGAGUUACCUGCGAGGCGGCCGGGCCAAGCACAACUAGAGCUGACAACCAAACUCCUCGGGCCUGCUGCCUCCCAGAGGGACAGCUUCCAAGGUUCCCUCGGAAAUUUUUUACAGACCGUUUCAAAGAAGUGAUCCUUAAAACUGAUCUCCUGAAAUCAUUGCAUUCCAGUGUGAAAAUGUUUGGGUCUGAUGGAUAGGAUUCAGGAACUUCACCUGUCCUUAGUGCUCCACCAUCUGCACGAAGCAAAACCCCUUUGUGCUCCUGAGUUUGGGGACGGUUUCGGGGGUGGGUUUUUUUCCUUUUCCUAGGAAAAUAUUUGCAGAAGCCAUACAGGUCUCUAAAGUCCAACACUUGCCUGAAAAGUUAGUCUGUGGCCUCUUUUUAAAAUGGAGUUACAUGUGUAUGUGUUGGAACAGCGUAACAGAUCAUGUGGUGUAACACCGUAAAUGUGUAUUUACUUGUAGCCUGGGUAGUGGACAGUGUAUCUUUUUAAAGGUUUUUUUUUUUAAUAUGGAUUCUUUUCUUGAGGUGAAAAAUACACCUUUCCUCCCCCCCCCCCCCCCCCCAAAUUCUCUGUAUGGAGCUGCUUUAUCUGUGUGGUUUCUUUACAGACGUGUGGAUGGAAAACACGCAGACAGCGUUCAGGCUUCGAAGUCGCGUCACGUAAGCACAACUCGCUGGGGCUCGCGGACCUCCCAGAGCCUGCAACCAUCCCACCCCCUUGAGAGAACCAAAUCUACCAUCGCCCGUCAGGUUUGCUGGUGUCGUCUCCACCCCAGUAGCUGGAAUCUCUUGUCGUGGAGCCCGAUGUUUUGUACUGUACUUUUUAAUUACAUCUGAGAAGUUUCUUCUCAGAGGCAACUUCAUUCUUUGGGAGACUUGUCUUGAAUUCCUGAGUGUGACGUGGAGCUCAUGUUGCGUAGCGCGCAGGAAAUUCAAUUGGAAUUAAUUAAGGUUUUCCUGUGGUGAUUUUCAUUUUUAACCUGCUUGAGAAUAUCAAGCAUUUUAAAAAUUAAAAUCCCCCCAGAGGGCUUUCCAGCUCCACCUGUGCUUUAAUACCAAGUUUCACCUCUGGCUAUUGUCUUACUCAUGGUGUAAGGGGUCGUUACAUCUCCAGCGCUGGCCUCUUGGGUGUGCUUUGUCUUCACGGCUCCGCCAGCGAGCAAGGGUGCCCGUGCACUAGCCCAACACGCGCGGCCCAACCCAAACGCUUUCACUGGACUGUUGUAAUGCAGAAGAAACCAGGCGGUUUCUUUUUCCUAUUUAUCAAUCCUUUACACCCAUUCGUUAGUUAGCCUUCUCGGCGUGGAGCGUCCUGGUUGAGUAAACCCAAGCGAUCGCGCCAUUCGAUCAGGGGUGUUUGGUUUGGGAGCACAGCAAAUAUCGCCGUGUCAGCUCUGCUGAGACGUGCUGGUGUUUGCUGUGAGAGUCCCAGACUCCAAAGCUCCCGGCGGAUGCCAGCAUGGGAAGGACGUGUAUUAGUGAUGGGUUUUUUCCACCGAUCCUACUCCAUGUUGUACAUGUAGGUGGGGGUUGAGCUUAAGAUGUUCAUCCUGAGGACAAAGUUCAUUCAAAUCACAAAAAGGCUGGGCACAAGGACAAUAUGCAUCUUGAUUAUUUUUUUUUCCUUUUUCUCUAUUUUUUUGAUGCUUUUUCUAUUUCUUGCAGAUAUUUGAAACAGCUUUGUAAUUACUUGAUCUUUGCAAACGCAUGCUACGAUCAUAUCAAUUAAUAUGAGAAGUGGAUGUCACGGAGAAAUUUCAAUACCAAAGGUAGCAGAGGUGAAUUUUUUUUUUUACGUACAUGUGUACGCAUACACACGCGCGCACACACAUACAAAACCCAGAAAAACGUGCUUCCUUUACGAACGACUGGUCCUUACUGCGAACACAGAAACAUCUUUCUCCUGCGUAUUUCCUCCGUCUUUUGUCCCAUUUUGGAUUUGGAGAAUCUAGAGAGACUCUUUGGGUACUGCUCAAGAGAUGGUAUCGGUGCCUUAUGGAGGCCACAAUUUCCUCUUUUUCUUUUUCUUUUUUUUAAUGAAUGCUAGUUGAAAAAUUGCAGUGUCGCUGAUCUUUCAGUGCAUGGUGAGAGUCAGCCCGGCAGCUGUUGGAUGGAUGGGUGAGCUCCGAAGCGUAGGUUGGCCAUGCCAACGCCGUCGGUCCUGGCAGACCACCUUAUCCUUAAUGUCUCCAUCGCGGUUUUGUUGGCCUUAGCACACGUGGAAAUUAAACCAACCACCAUCAGAGGUUGUAGAACCGAAGCGAGUUCGUGGGGGGGGGGUUCUCCUGUUAUUUUUUUAAUGGAGUUGUGCAGUGGAAGAGGAUUAUUGAGCAUUGGUGCCCAUAACUUCACCGAAUUCAUUUAAGUUGGGGUUUUUUUUUGGUUUGUUUUCAGUCUUCAAACUGACAAAGGUCUUAGUCGCUAAGAUCUGUUUAAUCUUUCCGUGAGGCUUCCUGUACACAGGGAAACAUAGUGCGCGUGGGUGUGUGCAAACCCGUGACACACAAGCACAACUGUACAAGUGUGGCAGUGCUGUUUUUCUCGGCCAUUGUGCAAGACAUUCACUGAAAGCUGCUAUUUUCAUUCACCUUGUAAUUGUUAUGUUAUUUUUUUUCUACCUUUUUUUUUUUUUUUUACAUGUGGGAUAUACACCAUGUGUUAAAUAUGCAAUAAAUUGUUUACAGGAUGCUCUUGUAAAGGGUAGUCCUUUGUAAAGCUGUACAGACUCCGCAGUUUAAGCACAAUGUGCACAUGUUAGUUUUAUAUACGGCGAGACAUGACUUUUUGCAGAGGGAAAGGUUCUACUAUGUUUAUAUACAAAGUAAAUGGAUCAACGUUUGUGCUUAAUGUAAAGCUGCUUUAUAAGACUGUAAAAUAAAUUUUUUUAUCUUA